GUAAGAACUUUGAUGUAUAUCAUGAUGAUAUGUGUAUCGCGUGUUCUGUUAUUAAAAAAGUUGCUGAAGGAAGACAUGGGGUGGCCCAAAAUUGCGAAACUGAAAUCGCACAUGGAGCUAGUACCUCGUCUUACGAAUCGCGAGAGCCAAUACAAAGACUUUGCUAAUGCAAAUCGCGCGCCGUGAAGGGCAUAACGUGCAUAAACUGUAAAACUGUAUACCAUUUUGCGUGUGUAAAGGCAGAUUCAAGACGAAAACUAUGGUGUUGCAGAAGGUGUAAUGAACAUGUCCUAGACAAAGCACUACAGAAGAGCGACUGCAAAGUCGAAAUUGUUGCUAUCCUGUUAGAAGAGGCACACGCCGUAAAAUACAAAUAUACCACUAACCGUCAAUAUUUCAGCAGAGAAUGUGCUGCAUGUAUCAGUAGGUGGACUGUUUAAAGACAAUCUUACUAUAGCACUGAGGGAGCCUCCUCAUGAACUCAGAAUACAUAACAGCACACUUGUUCUUGAACGUUUUGAAUCUCUUGUGAGGCAGCUAUGUAAACAAGUUGGUCCUUCACAAUGUGUAAAUCCACCUGACAUUCCAAGAGAGAUAGAAAAUAUUAGAGAUUUACCUCAAGACCUGACAGUGCUUCAGCUCUACGACAUCAAAAUGGAUUGUCUACCACAGGCUCUUGCUGGACUUCUCAAUGUUGUGCACCUUGAAAUAAUAAACUGCAAUCUCAUUACAAUUCCUGUUUUCAUUGGUGAUCUUCCCAAGUUAUCAGUAUUAGUCCUGGCACACAACAAAUUAGGUCUACAAGAAAACUGGGACUUCCUUUCACGCCCUCAUAUUAGACAGAACUUAGCUAUACUUGAUUUGCAAGAUAAUGAGCUUCACAACCUACCAAAAGAAGUGGUGGAACUUGAUGAACUUGCAAUCUGCCUUUUGGAUGAUAAUUUUCUGGAGACCCUUCCAACUAGUCUAAAAGAGAUGCAUGGUUUAAGUGUUCUUGCAGCCUGCAACAAUAUGAUGCGAAUUUUUCCAUACAAUUUGUUUCCAUUAGAUGAAUUUGCUUUGGACUUGGCAAAUAAUCCGUUCACUUCACGCUAUUUUGUGAUACCAAAUAGAUCUCAGAAAUAUAAAGUACCAUCUCUCAAGGAACUUGCUGCCCGAACUGUGGUUGACUACAGAUUACCUGUGGCAACAAGAAUUUUACCGCGGUGUGUCAUGGAGUAUCUCCAAAGUGUGCAGUUUUGUGCAAUAUGCUCUGGUGGAUACUUUGAUAGUUUUGUUGCAUGCCGCUAUGUACCCAGAUUCAGAGUCUACAUCGAGGUUUUGCCAGGAGAUGGAUACUUACAUGGUCCAGGUUUCAUUCUAAACUUGUGUUCCAGAAGAUGUAUGCAGCCAGAGUUAAAGUUUUGUGAGCUUCUCAAUCAUUUAACCCCUGAACAAUAUGAUGAUUGGAUUAAAGAUAUGUUUUGAACUGUACUCACUCUAAGUAUCCCACGAGAGUUAAUGUUUCGUGAGGUGGUCAAUCAUUUUACAUGUGAACUGAACGAUAAUUUUAUUAAACAUGUUGAGCUGUGUCUACUCUCUUUUUAGAAUAUCACAGAUAUACGCAGGUCUAUGCACUAUUAUAAGCACCUGCCAUAUUUUAUUUUUGUAGUUUCUGAGAUAGUCUUCUGAUGAUUUAUUGUCAGAAUUUGACACUUUGAAAUGUUUACAACCCAAAGUUUUGUGUACUUCGUUACACAUACUAAAAUCCUGUUGUUGUAUAGCUAUAGUGAAUCUGUAUUUGCAGCCAGUUGUUUAGUAAACAAUGAAGGUGUAAAGUUUCAAAUCUUGGACCAAUAUUGUUGUGGAACGUUGUGAUAUUUGAUAUCUCAGUAUUAUAUUAUGGAGGCAGUGGAGGUGAUUUUUCCAAUAUGAAUAUGAUCUGUUUCCAGUGAUUGCCUUAUGUACAUCAUAUAUUACAAGUUCAGUUUGUAAUUUUGCAUUUUCAGUACCUACUUCAACAAUAUUUGAUGUAAUUUUAGUAGUUAAGGACUUCAUGUUUGAUAAUAAUAUGUAUAACUUAUUCUAGACAUUAUUAUCUUCUAGUCAGAGCAUUAAUUACAUUGUAUGAAAGUGAUAUUCAAAUGCAGCUGUUCACACUUAGUUCUCAUUUUGGACAGCAUGUUUUCAUGGCACAGUCACUGUA